AUGGAUUCAAUAUAAAUAAGCUAAGAUUAUACAUUUUAGAAUUAAAAAACUUAACAUAGCGAUUAAAAUUUUGAAUAGAAAUAGAUACUUUGUAGAGUUUAUAAACUUAAUGCAUAUAUUCUAAAUACUCUUUACUCUCAAAAUGAGUUUAGGCAAGAUAUUUUGAAAAGAAUUCAGCUUUUACAAGAACCUAAAAAAUUUAUCAGUUUUGGUCUAAUUGAAGAAGAAGAAAUCUCUUUUGAAAAAAUUGAGCAAUAACUUAUAGAAAUUUAGAUUAACUUAGAACAGCUAUUAGAUUGUUAGAAAUAGAAAAUAGAACGAUUAGAAGAAAAUUAAUCUCUUUCUAACCAAUAAAAUUCACUCUUUCACUCUAAAACCACAUAAUUUAAUAGAAAUUCUUCUAUUUAAAAAAGAUUCAGUGAAUAAGCUUAAAAAGAAUCAGACGAAAUCAUUUUCAAUUUAUAAAAUGAAGGAGAAGAAUUUUAAUUUUCCAAAAUGGAAAAACAUUUAUCUUAUAAUAGUGCUUCUAUUUCUACAUUAAGCUCUUUUGGUAAACUAAGUAUUGUAUAAGAAGAGGAUUUUGAUAAUUUUGACAUUUAAUUCACCAAAGAUAAAUCAAAUCAAUCAUCCAACGAUCAGAUCAUGCAUUACAUUGAUUCGCAAUAGGAUCUAGAUUUUUUAAAGAUAAAAAAAGAAUUUUAAAUUUAGUAUUAAAAAGCUAUUAACUAAGAAAAUAAUACAUUUUUUAGUGAUAGUAUAUUGAAAAUUUCUAGAUCCUAAAAAUCUGAAGAAUAAUUUUUAUGCAUAGAUCAAAGUGGUUUUUAUGUUAUAAAAAAUUUAUAGGAUUUGAAAAAAAAUAAAUCAUUUCCGAUAAAAGAUAUUACAAAAAUAAUUAUAUCAGCAGAAGAUAUCUGCGAAAUUGCUAAGCAAAAAUUAAAGUUAGUGCAAUUUGAAAUCUGA